CCGUCCUUAUCUUCUACCUCAUCACAUCCCACAAAAUUAUAUAUAUAUUCACACAUACAUAUACACAUAACACUAUAAUAUAUAGUUUUUAGUCAGUGGUCUGACUCAGCCAUUUAACCUAUUAAAAUCCCACUCUAUCUCAGCUGAGCUUAUUUUUGGAAAUAUGGAGGAUCAUCACCUUCAUAACAAUUCAUCACCUUUAUUGCCAGUGAGUUUCUUAGAGCGAGCUGCCCUUGUUUAUGGAGAUAAGGUUUCCAUCGUUUACGGCACCGUUUCGUUCACGUGGAGGGAAACUCAUCAAAGAUGUUUACGACUCGCUUCCGGUUUGACUCAACUCGGGAUUUCAUCAGGCGAUACUGUUGCAGCUAUGGCGCCAAAUAUUCCGGCAUUAUACGAUCUGCAUUUCGCCGUACCAAUGGCGGGUGCUGUUUUGUCUGCACUUAAUACCAAGCUCGAUGCAGCCAGUUUAGCAGUUAUACUAGAAAAACUGGAGGCUAAAUUCAUGUUUAUCGAUUAUGAAUAUGUUGAUGUUAUUGUGAAAGCACUUGAAAUAAUGUCACAGAACAUGACCAAGCACCCUUUUUUUGUGUUAAUCGAGGAACACGACCAGGGACCUGAUUUGGUCUCUGUUGGUGGUAAUAAAAUCAAGUAUGAUGAUCUUAUUGCAAUGGGGGAAUCUGAUUUUGAAAUAGUUAAACCGAAGGAUGAAGGUGAUCCGAUUUCGGUGAAUUUUACUUCCGGUUCAACUGGUGAACCUAAAGGGGUAUUAUAUAGCCAUAAAGCUGCCUAUCUCAAAUCUUUAGCAUCGGUUCGGUUGUAUGACAUGGGGGUUGCGCCGGUGUUUUUAUGGACAGUGGACAUGUUUCGUUGCAAUGGUUGGUGUUGUACUUGGACCAUGGCGGCUGUCGGUGGCACCAACAUCUGCUUAAGAAAUGUAUCAGCAAAGGUCAUCUUCGACUCCAUUGUUCUUCACAAUGUGACUCACUUGUGCGGCGGGCCGGCCAUUUUGAACUUGAUCGCCGAUGCGUCGCUUACGGUUCCUUUUAAGGUUCGACUUAUCGUUGCCGGCGUGUUACCGAUGUCCCGAGUGAUGAAAGUUGAAGGAUUGGGAUAUACUGUUAGCCAUGCAUAUGGAAUGACCGAAGUACUUGGUCCUGCUAUUGUUAAGCCAUGGAGAUCAACCAAUGAACAUAAAAAGGAUAACAUUGUGGUCGAAAAUGUCGACGUGAAGGAACCCGAAACGAUGGCGAGCGUACGUCAUGACGGGAAGACGAUCGGAGAAAUCAUGUUUAAAGGGAACACAUUGAUGUUAGGGUACCUUAAAGAUCCAAAAGCAACACAAGAAGCAUUUAAAGAUGGAUGGUAUAGGACCAAGGACCUUGGUGUUAUUCACCCUAACGGUGUCAUACAAUUGAAGGACCGCGCAAAAGAUAUCAUAUUUACAGGAGGGGAAAUUAUAAGCACAUUGGAAGUGGAAGCUGUACUUUUAAGCCACCCCAAGGUGUCGGAAGCCGCCGUGGUCGGAAAACGAGACGAUUAUUCCAAAGAAACCCCUUGUGCUUAUGUGAAAUUGAAGGAAGAGUACUAUUAUGGUGCAAUGAGUUGCCAAGAGAUUCUUGAAUUUUGCGAGGAACGGCUGCCGGAUUUUAUGGUUCCUCGAACCGUGGUGUUCGGUGAAUUGCCGGUGAACUCGACGGGGAAGGUGCAAAAGUUUACGCUAAGGGUGAAAGCUAAUGGCAUGCAUAGCAAUAUUGGUCAUAAAAAUGGGUGUCAAAGAUAGACCUACCCGAUAUGUGGGAGGGUUUGAGAAAAAAUAUAGGCCUGAAAAAUAGGCUUGAAUAAAAAAUAAGGUCUGUUUAAAAAACGGGCCGAGCCUCGGGUAAAGUAUUUUUGGCCUGGGCCUGGCUCAGCCAAGACCGAAUUCACUAAAGGACAAAAAAAUCUGCUCUUUUUUUUUUGUUUUUAAAUGUUAUUUUCUUGCUGUUUUUUCCCUAUUUUGCUACCAUUUUACUAUUAUGUUACUACUAUUUUGUUGUUAUUGUUUGGAUAUUGUAUAAAACUUAUUUUAUUGUUAAUUUUGUUAUUAUUUUAAA